CUGCUGCUGCUGCUGCUGCUGCUGCUGGCAGAAGAGGGGGGAAGUUUGACAAAUCGCCCCGGAGGAAGGAGGAGGGGAAGCCCCCCGAAGAGGAGUCGGCGGAGCCUCAGCCGGCGCUCUCCACUCCCCGGCUCCCGGCUCGGCGCUGGAGCGGCGGCAACAGGCGAAGCUUGAAGGGAAACGAGAUGAUCGCAGUGUCACUCAAACUAGUCCGCAAAGAGAGAGAGGGGCUCCGCACUCCCACCGCCUCCCGCCCCGGACGGCACCUUAACUCUUUGCGCAUCGCGCCGCCGGACAGCCUGCCACCGGCCCGGCCACGGCGGCGGAGAAGCGUCCGCCCGGGGCGGGCGGCGGCAACGGGGUGCCCCCCUCAACCACGGCACCCCCUCCGCCGCCCAACUUCGCCUGCCACCGCUUUCCUCAGCAGCCCACGGCAGCAGAGGGGCUCUGCCCGCCGGACACCCGCACACGGCACGACAUGGCAGCGUAGCCCGCUCCCCUCCCGGCCGGCAGCCCUGCCCUUUCCGCACCCGCGCACACCCCUUCCCAGCCGGACCCCCUCCUCAGCCAUCGCCUGCCGCCACGCUGGGGCACGGGACCCUCCUGGCCCGCAGCCUUUCCCCAUCCCUUACCCCAGUGAGAUGGGCCUGGUACCUGCCCCCGGAGCUUGA